GGUUCAAAAGCAAUGGCUCCAAGGAUCAGGGUACCAGCUAACUUUGGAAAAGAGCACAUAAAUUCUGAAGCACAUGGGAAUCUGUUACUGAAACUGAAAGAUGGACAAGGGAUCAAAACUAACUCUAUGAUAAUGUCAUUAAAUAGCCCUGUUAUAGACAACCUUACUACCAACUUAUUUCAGUCGUCCCUAGAGAUGGAUGACUUUGCCAAGGAAGCAGUAGAGUGUUUUGUAGAAUCUAUGUACACUGGUGAAGUGGAACUACUAAAGAAACUGAUAUUCGAAGAUGUGAACAAGAUGGCACAUGUAUUCGACGUGUCCUGGUUGGCCAAAAGGUGUCUGAAGUUUUACAAAACUGUUGUUUUGAACUUUGGGAGUAAUUCGUAUGAGGAGAUCUUGUUUGCUUGUGAAGUCGCCAGCAGGGCUCACUAUAAUCUGAAACAAAGCAAUUAUGUCAGUUCUUUUGUGAAGAACAUGGUCUCCAGAGAUAUUGGUACAACUUUAUUUUUACAAAGGUACAUGGCAGACUUUGCUGAGCUUUCCAAACGUCAGAUUGACAUUUCAGUUGCAGUUGCAGGAAAUGUUACUAAAUCAGUCAUGAUGCCUUUCAUUUCCCACGUCACCAUCAAUUUAAAGUGCAAAAAGCUAGAUGAAAACUCACUUUACCUCCUUGAACAACUUGAUGUUCAAAAACUUGGACAGGAUUUUCCCAAGUACUUUAAAGACACAGCCAAUUUAUUGGCUGAAGUUGCUGAGACAUCAGAAUCAAGAGAAGUCAAUGAGGUUGUUAAAAAGUUUGCUGAAACUAAGAGUGAUAUUGCAGCCAGUAGUUCUAAAGAUGAUGAUACAGAAGAUAAUGAGACUACAGAGGAGUGUGAUAUUGAUGAAAGUGAUUGUGAGGAGGUAGCAAAUGUUGCUAUUCAAACAGAGGAAGUUGAAUAUGAUUGGAUAAAGCCGAAACUGAACGUAUGGCACUCAGGAGUGUUACUGAACGAAUCAGUACAGUUCAUUACAGCAGAUAACAAAAUAUCAGGUUCUUUUAAUAUUCGUUAUACUCUACAUGGUGAGGGGAGGACUGAUAAAAAACAGUUAGGUAUGAGAUGUGAGAAUGUAGACACAAGCCAAUGGAGUAUUUUUAUUGAGAGCGGUACUGUACACGACUGGAAUAAGCGAUUCUUACAUGAAGUGCCUCAUGAUAAUCUGAAACACUGGAUUAUAACCAAAUCUUCUUCACACCUAAAAGUAGUGUGUAACAAAGUGACAGUUCUCCAUUUCAACUUCUCAACUGAUUGUGAUUCAGAUAAAAGGGAUGGUGAAAGGUUUUGGUCGCGAAAAGCAAAUGAAGCUGAAUUUUAUUGCCAUUUGAACAACUCGAUAUUAUUGAGAACUUUAGAUAGUUGACCAGUUUUAUAAUUUCACAGAAUUAUAUUAAUUUUUCAUCGCCUUCUUAAAUAUAUGAUGAAUCCUGAUGACCGAUAAUAUAAAAUAAACAUGGACAGUUGACCAUCAUAGACAAAUUUGUCAGUUUAGUUAACAUUUUCAUGUAAAAACCCUAUUAAAUAUCUUAAUUUCAAUUUAUACAAUAAAUAAACGACUAAUAUUAUGUUUCCUAUUGUUCACAUACAAUGUUUUUUAAUGAUUUGAAACCAAUAUUUUGCUUAUUCUUGCUUUCACCUCUUUUUUUUCGCCUGUGUUUUAACUCUAAUUCUCGACAUGCCAAAACAAAAUGUCCAUGAUAUUGACUAGAUCAUCUUUCUCCAAGAGUUACUCAAUUGCACACUAAACCUGCACUGCUAUGUAAGUAUGUAAGGGAGUAGGCACAAU